AUGGUUGGGGGACUGGAGGGUAAGCGAAAAGAAAAUGAGGAUGAAGAAACGAGUCAGCAAAUUAUAGGUGUCAGCGCGAAAAGAAGCAGCAAAAAGCGAAAUACCAAACAACAGGUCUCUACUACUUCGGAAAAGGUGGACAUCGACAUAUCCUCAACAAGUCCCAGCGACGUCCUCAUCUAUCCGACAUCGUUAUUUGUCAAUGACGCAAGCGUCGAGGCGGUUUUAGCUUCACCAAAGUUGCUGUCUUCAAAUGAAAAGCGGUACUGGGACAACCACUUUGAAAUACGCAAUGCCCCAGAGCUUGCACGUUUGCUGACAUUGUUGCCGCGUGAAGAGGAGACCAGAAAUCUGGCAGCUGCAACUACUGAUACCCAACAAGGCACAUCACAACGACAAGAAUAUCGUGCCUACCUCACACCUCGUUAUUUCCGUGGCGGUGUCGCUUGGCAGUUUAACCUCGAAAGUCGUAUCCCUGAAGACGCCUUUGAUUUUGCAGCACUCACUUUGCCCUACUACUACCCUGAACUAGUAGCGGAAUUCGACCAGGCUUGUGGUGGUGGGGAUCGUGCGAGAGAGGUGGCGACCGAUUGCUCUGGAUCGAUGAAAUUGUUGCAAGAAUUAGGCUUGGUAGACUUGUCGAAAGCAGUGCACGACAACUGGCCAAGAGCACAUGUAGAUGUUGAUGGCGCACUCCGUUACAUGCUGAGUCUGAGGGACAGGGUG